AUGCCUAAACUCCUGGAAUGCAUUAUGACUAUCAUCGAUAAUUUCUAUGAAUAUGCUGGUAAAGAUGAGGAGUGCGAUAUGUUGAAGAAGUCAGAACUCAAGGAACUUAUAGUAACUGAGUUUCAUCAAAUUCUGAAGAAUCCAAACGAUCCAGAUAGUGUAGAUAACAUCAUGCAAAGCCUGGAUCAAGAUCACAACAAGAAAGUGGAUUUUGUUGAAUAUCUUCUGAUGGUAUUCAAGUUAACUCAGGCCUGUAAUAAAAUUGUUCGCAAAGAAUAUUGCCAAGCUUCAGGGUCAAAGAAAAGAGAUCACAGUAACCAGCACCAAGAGGAACAAAGUGAAACCGAUGAGGAAGACAAAGAUCAAAGGUCUGACACUCAUUCAAGUUGGAGUACAGGAGAGGAUGAUUCAUAUUCCAGGGAAUCCAGACAAAAGGGUAUACAUAAACCUGUGUCUAGUUCCAGAAGAAAAGAGCAUCAAGGUGACUCAUCUAGUUUUGGGGAGAGAAAAAGAACCGGAGAUAGAAGGAAAGGGUCAAGUUCAAGCCACUUUAAGAAUAAGCAGAAAAACAAACAUGACUCUCAUUAUCAAGAAAACUCUGAGAGUGAAGAGAUAGGUCUUACUCAAUCACGUAAUUAUAAAAAAAGAUCAAACUCAGGAAAUUGGUCACACAGUUGUGGAGAAGGAAAUGUUCAUUACUCAGAGGAUGAAUCCUCCAGUUAUGGGGAACACAAUUCUAGUGCAAAUGAAUCUUUUGAAAAUAAGCAUCAAGGGAAACUAAGACAUUCACCUAGUCAGGGGCCUGAAUUCAGUUCAGGGAGUUGUGGAGGACAUGACAACUGGUCAAAUUCUAAUGAUACCAGUGGUUUUGAUCAUGGAUCUGGCUACCAACAGUCCUCUCAACAGAAGCAGUAUAAGCAAAAUAGUGAAUCUCAAGCAAAACAUUGUGAAGAACAAGGAUACAGUUCUGGUUCAAGUGAUAGAUCCAGCUCUGGAAAAUAUAGAUCAAACUCAGACCAGUCUUGUAGUCCAAGAAGACGAGAAUCUUGCACAAGAGGACAAUCAGAACGAAAUAGACAACAAAAAUAUGGUUCUAGACAGUCUUCACGCUCAGAAGAAUAUGGAUCUGAAUCUGAACCAAGCAGAGGCAAAAGACAAUCAAGGCCUUAUCAGUCAACAUCUCAGAGAAAAUAUAAAAGAAGUUCUAGUAAUCAGUCAGGAAACUACAACAAACAAAAACAUGAAUCUGGUUCAGGAAAACUUUCAAACUAUGGUGGCCAAGAAUCUGGAUCUGAAGAAUAUUCAAGCUGUGGAGAGAAUGGUUAUAGCACAGGACAGUCAUCGGGUUGGGGUAAAAGUGGUUCUCAAUCAAGUCAGUCUUCAAGCUGUGAACAGCAUGCUUCAGGCACAGGAAGCUGGGGACAAACUGGAUCUACAUCCGGCAGGUCAUCUAGAUAUGGAGAACGAAGUUCAAGUAAUGAGUCUUCCAGCCACAGAAGACAUGGUUCUGGCUGGGGGAAGUCAUCUGGCUUAGGACACCAGGGUUCAAGCAGAGAGCAAUCUUCAAGCUAUGGUCAAAGUGGAUCUGGCUCAGGGCAGUCUUCAAGCUGUGGACAGCAUAGUUCAGGACAGUCAUCCAGCUUGGGUCAAAGCGGAUAUGGAUCGGGUUCGUCAUCUAGAUAUGGACAAUAUGGUUCAAGCAGUCAGUCUUCUUCCACCCACAGUAGACAUGGCUCUGGUUCAGGUCAGUCAUCCAGAGAGAGGCAACAAGGGUCCAGCUCAGGACAAUCUGGCUUUGGCCACCAGAGUUCAAGCAUAGGGCAAUCAUCAAGCUGUGGUCAAAGUGGAUCUGGCUCAGGACAGUGUUCCACUGGUGGAUAUGGUUCAGGCACAGGACAGUCAUCCAGCUGGGGUCAAAGUGGAUCUGGAUCGAGUCAUUCAUCUAGAUAUGGAGAGCACCGUUCUAAUAGUCAGUCUUCCAGCCACAGUAGACAUAGUUCUGGUUCACGCCAAUCAUCUAGAGAGAGGCAACAAGGGUCCAGCUCAGGACAAUCUGGCUUUGGCCACCAGGGUUCAAGCAGAGGGCAAUCCUCAAGCUGUGGUCAAAGUGGAUCUGGUUCAGGUCAGUCUUCCACUGGUGGACAGUAUGGUUCAGGCACAGAACAGUCAUCCAACUGGGGUCAAAGUGGAUCUGGAUCAGGUCAGUCAUCUAGAUAUGGACAACAUGGUUCAAGCAGUCAGUCUUCUUCCAGCCACAGUAGGCAUGGCACUGGUUCACGCCAAUCAUCUAGAGAGAGGCAACAAGGGUCCAGCUCAGGACAAUCUGGCUUUGGCCACCAGGGUUCAAGCAUAGGGCAAUCCUCAAGCUGUGGUCAAAGUGGAUCUGGCUCAGGGCAGUCUUCCACUGGUAGACAAUAUGGUUCAAGCACAGGACAGUCAUCUAGCUGGGGUCAAAGUGGAUCUGGAUCUAGUCAGUCAACUAGAUAUGGACAACAUGGUUCAAGCAGUCAGUCUUCUUCCAGUCAUACUAGACAUGGCUCUGGUUCAAGUCAGUCAUCUCGAGAGAGGCAACAAGGGUCCAGCUCAGGACAAUCUGGCUUUGGCCACCAGGGUUCAAGCAGAGGGCAAUCCUCAAGCUGUGGUCAAAGUGGAUCUGGCUCAGGACAGUCUUCAAGCUGUGGACAACAUGGCUCAAGCACAGGACAGUCAUCCAACUGGGGUCAAAGUGGAUCUGGAUCAGGUCAGUCAUCUAGAUAUGGACAACAUGGUUCAAGCAGUCAGUCUUCUUCCACCCACAGUAGACAUGGCUCUGGUUCAGGUCAGUCAUCCAGAGAGAGGCAACAAGGGUCUAGCUCAGGACAAUCUGGCUUUGGCCACCAGGGUUCAAGCAUAGGGCAAUCAUCAAGCUGUGGUCAAAGUGGAUCUGGCUCAGGGCAGUCUUCCAAUGGUGGACAACAUAGUUCAAGCACAGGACAAUCAUCUAGCUGGGGUCAAAGUGGAUAUGGAUCUGGUCAGUCAUCUAGAUAUGGACAUGGUUCAAGCAGUCAGUCUUCUUCCAGCCACAGUAGGCAUGGCACUGGUUCAGGUCAGUCAUCCAGAGAGAGGCAACAAGGGUCCAGCUCAGGACAAUCUGGCUUUGGCCACCAGGGUUCAAGCAUAGGGCAAUCCUCAAGCUGUGGUCAAAGUGGAUCUGGUUCAGGUCAGUCUUCCACUGGUGGAUAUGGUUCAGGCACAGGACAGUCAUCCAGCUGGGGUCAAAGUGGAUCUGGAUCGAGUCAUCCAUCUAGAUAUGGAGAGCACCGUUCUAAUAGUCAGUCUUCCAGCCACAGUAGACAUAGUUCUGGUUCACGCCAAUCAUCUAGAGAGAGGCAACAAGGGUCCAGCUCAGGACAAUCUGGCUCUGGCCACCAGGGUUCAAGUAGAGGGCAAUCCUCAAGCUGUGGUCAAAGUGGAUCUGGUUCAGGUCAGUCUUCCACUGGUGGACAGUAUGGUUCAGGCACAGAACAGUCAUCCAACUGGGGUCAAAGUGGAUCUGGAUCAGGUCAGUCAUCUAGAUAUGGACAACAUGGUUCAAGCAGUCAGUCUUCUUCCAGCCACAGUAGGCAUGGCACUGGUUCACGCCAAUCAUCUAGAGAGAGGCAACAAGGGUCCAGCUCAGGACAAUCUGGCUUUGGCCACCAGGGUUCAAGCAUAGGGCAAUCCUCAAGCUGUGGUCAAAGUGGAUCUGGCUCAGGGCAGUCUUCCACUGGUGGACAAUAUGGUUCAAGCACAGGACAGUCAUCUAGCUGGGGUCAAAGUGGAUCUGGAUCUAGUCAGUCAACUAGAUAUGGACAACAUGGUUCAAGCAGUCAGUCUUCUUCCAGUCAUACUAGACAUGGCUCUGGUUCAAGUCAGUCAUCUCGAGAGAGGCAACAAGGGUCCAGCUCAGGACAAUCUGGCUUUGGCCACCAGGGUUCAAGCAGAGGGCAAUCCUCAAGCUGUGGUCAAAGUGGAUCUGGCUCAGGACAGUCUUCAAGCUGUGGACAACAUGCCUCAAGCACAGGACAGUCAUCCAACUGGGGUCAAAGUGGAUCUGGAUCAGGUCAGUCAUCUAGAUAUGGACAACAUGGUUCAAGCAGUCAGUCUUCUUCCACCCAUAGUAGGCAUGGCUCUGGUUCAAGUCAGUCAUCUCGAGAGAGGCAACAAGGGUCCAGCUCAGGACAAUCUGGCUUUGGCCACCAGAGUUCAAGCAGAGGGCAAUCCUCAAGUUGUGGUCAAAGUGGAUCUGGCUCAGGGCAGUCUUCAAGCUGUGGACAACAUGCCUCAAGCACAGGACAGUCAUCCAACUGGGGUCAAAGUGGAUCUGGAUCAGGUCAGUCAUCUAGAUAUGGACAACAUGGUUCAAGCAGUCAGUCUUCUUCCACCCACAGUAGACAUGGCUCUGGUUCAGGUCAGUCAUCCAGAGAGAGGCAACAAGGGUCCAGCUCAGGACAAUCUGGCUUUGGCCACCAGGGUUCAAGCAUAGGGCAAUCAUCAAGCUGUGGUCAAAGUGGAUCUGGCUCAGGACAGUGUUCCACUGGUGGAUAUGGUUCAGUCACAGGACAGUCAUCCAGCUGGGGUCAAAGUGGAUCUGGAUCGAGUCAUUCAUCUAGAUAUGGAGAGCACCGUUCUAAUAGUCAGUCUUCCAGCCACAGUAGACAUAGUUCUGGUUCACGCCAAUCAUCUAGAGAGAGGCAACAAGGGUCCAGCUCAGGACAAUCUGGCUCUGGCCACCAGGGUUCAAGCAGAGGGCAAUCCUCAAGCUGUGGUCAAAGUGGAUCUGGUUCAGGUCAGUCUUCCACUGGUGGACAGUAUGGUUCAGGCACAGAACAGUCAUCCAACUGGGGUCAAAGUGGAUCUGGAUCAGGUCAGUCAUCUAGAUAUGGACAACAUGGUUCAAGCAGUCAGUCUUCUUCCAGCCACAGUAGGCAUGGCACUGGUUCACGCCAAUCAUCUAGAGAGAGGCAACAAGGGUCCGGCUCAGGACAAUCUGGCUUUGGCCACCAGGGUUCAAGCAGAGGGCAAUCCUCAAGCUGUGGUCAAAGUGGAUCUGGUUCAGGUCAGUCUUCCACUGGUGGACAAUAUGGUUCAAGCACAGGACAGUCAUCCAACUGGGGUCAAAGUGGAUCUGGAUCAGGUCAGUCAUCUAGAAAUGGUUCAAGCAGUCAGUCUUCUUCCAGUCAUACUAGACAUGGCUCUGGUUCAAGUCAGUCAUCUCGAGAGAGGCAACAAGGGUCCAGCUCAGGACAGUCUGGCUUUGGCCACCAGGGUUCAAGCAGAGGGCAAUCCUCAAGCUGUGGUCAAAGUGGAUCUAGCUCAGGACAGUCUUCAAGCAGUGGACAGCAUGGUUCAGGCACAGGACAGUCAUCCAGCUGGGGUCAAAGUGGAUAUGGAUCGGGUCAGUCAUCUAGAAAUGGUUCAAGCAGUCAGACUUCCAGCCACAGUAGACAUGGCUCUGGUUCACAUCAAUCAUCUAGAGAAAGGCAACAAGGGUCUAGCUCAGGACAAUCUAGCUUUGGCCACCAGGGUUCAAGCAUAGGGCAAUCCUCAAGCUGUGGUCAAAGUGGAUCUAGUUCAGGUCAGUCUUCCACUAGUGGACAACAUGGUUCAAGCACAGGACAGUCAUCUAGCUGGGGUCAAAGUGGAUCUGGAUCUAGUCAGUCAACUAGAUAUGGACAACAUGGUUCAAGCAGUCAGUCUUCUUCCAGUCAUACUAGACAUGGCUCUGGUUCAAGUCAGUCAUCUCGAGAGAGGCAACAAGGGUCUAGCUCAGGACAAUCAGGUUUUGGCCACCAGGGUUCAAGCAGAGGGCAGUCAUCAAGCUGUGGUCAAAGUGGAUCUGGCUCAAGGCAGUCUUCAAGUGGUGGACAACAGGGCUCAAGCACAGGACAGUCAUCCAACUGGGGUCAAAGUGGAUAUGGAUCAGCGGAUCUGGCUCCCAGCAGUCUUCAAGUGGUGGGCAGCAUAGUUCAAGCACAGGACAGUCAUCCAGCUGUGGUCAAAGAGGAUCUGGUUCAGGUCAGUCUUCUAGCAUCGAGCAGCAUGGGUCUUGCUCAGGUCAUUCAUCUAGCUAUGGACAGCAUAGUUCAAGUAUGGGACAUUCAUCAACCUCCGGCCAACAUGUGUCCUCCUCUUGUCAGUCUUCUAGUCCUAAUCAAUGUGGCUCAAGUCAGUGUUCUAAACCCAACAGAUUUGAGUCUGGCUCAAGUCAGUCUUCUUGUAAUCAACAUGGGUAUGGAACAGGUCAAACUUCCAGUAAUGACCAGCAAUGUUCUAAUUCUGGUUGGUCAUCCAACCAUAAUCAAAGUGGGUCUAGCUCACAUCAUUGUUCAGGCUCUGAGAACUAUCAGGGUGGUUCACCUUGCUCUUCUGGAUCUUGUUCUGUUACUGGCACUGGACAAGAUAGAUCUGGCUCAUGUUGCUCAUCUAGUUCUGAGCAAUAUGGUUCUGGGUCUGCUCAAUUUUCCGGUUCAGAUCAGUAUUGUGCUGGCUCAUGUUACCCACCUCAAUCUGGACAAUGUUAUUCUGGAUCUAGUCAGUAUCCUAGCUGUGAACAAUCUGGACAGUGUGGUUCUGGAUAUGAUCAGUAUUAUGGCUAUGAACAUUAUGGAUCUGGCUCAUAUGGCUCAUCAUGCCCUGACCAAUAUUGUUAUGGAUCUGGUCAGAAUUCUCACUGUGGUACUACCAAUACAGUGUUACUUCACAAGACUUCAAAAAAUGUAG